GGAGCUGGACUCGCGGGCGACACCAGCCUCGCCAACGGAGCAGGCGGAGCGCCGCCCUCAGGUGUGGCGGGCGACUUGGAAAAACCCUGUGGAGUCAGUGUUGCCGACGCGGGUUCCUCUAGCCAGGGAGUGGGAGGACCUGCAGAGCGCCGCGGGGCCCUCGAUGGCGUAAGCCGGGACCCGCGCCGGCUGGUGCAGCCCUUUCCCUUGCGCUCUCCCUCGCUCGCAGUCCCAGGCUGCAGAGACUGCGGGCGCCCUGAGCUUUCAGCCCCUACUUCGUUCUUUAUCUCCUGGUGCUUCCCGAGAAGCUGGGAGGGAACCUGAAGCUGUAGAGGGGACUGCAGUAUAAAAUCCAGAAGCCAACUUGAAGCUUUAACCACUGACCCAAUUUAUAGGGAACCGAAAAGGAACUGUAAAUCGAAGCGAAGCAGACUGAAUUAGUUCUCUCCCAAAAUGAAAAAGUGAAAAAGAAAAAAGAACAAAUUGAAAAAUCCCAGUUACUGUGAAAUGUUAGCAUCGUCUACCUCUGAUGUCUCAUGCAUUUGAGGACCAAAAGAUUGAGUUGUUUUUUGUCUGUAAUACUGUCAGUGAUGUGAUACAGCCGUAAAUACUCACUUGAUAAAGAUGCAUCAACCAGACGUUUGUUGGGACUGGUAGUCAUCUGUGAAAGUUUUUGCAACUACAGUUUCUAAGUAUCAAAGAAUAUUGUGCUUAAAAUGGUAUAGUGAUUUAUUUUAUCUGAGGACUGCAGCUUUUGUAGACAACAGUUGAAUUCCAGUUAUACUCUUAUCACAGUGAUUACUACUAUUCAAUCUUGAUAAACUUAAUUUUGAAGAAUUUUAUAUUUAUAAACAACACCAAAAGAUGGGAGAAAAAAAUGGUGAUGCAAAAAGUUUCUGGAUGGAGCUAGAGGAUAAUGGAAAAGUAGACUUCAUAUUUGAAAAAGUACAAAAUGUGCUGCAGUCACUGAAACAAAAGAUCAAAGAUGGAUCUGCCACAAAUAAAGAAUAUAUCCAAGCAAUGAUUCUAGUGAAUGAUGCAACUAUAAGUAAAAAUUCAACAUUGAAAAAAAAUCAUACAUCUGUGACUCAGAGUGAACAGGAAAACGAGUCAAAUGAAUUUCCUUCUACAUCAUACAAAGACUCCUUUCCAAAAGACUGUACAUUUCUAUCUAUAGAAAAUAAGGAAGUUCUCCCUCUGGAAAAUAAAGUUGUAGACUGUGGAGGAAAAAAAUCACCUAUGAAUUUAUCUUACCAAAGUCAUGACUGUUCUGGUGCCUGUCUGAUGAAAAUGCCAUCAACCAUCAAGGCAGAAAACCCUCUGCAAUUACCAAUCACAUGUCACUUCCAAAGACGACAUGCAAAGACAAACUCUCAUUCUUCAGCACUUCAUGUGAGUUAUAAAACUCCUUGUGGAAGAAGUCUGCGGAACAUGGAGGAAGUCUUUCGUUACCUGCUUGAGACAGAAUGUAACUUUUUAUUUACAGAUAACUUUUCUUUUAAUACCUAUGUUCAGUUGACUCGGAAUUACCAAAAGCAAGAAGAAAUUGUUUCUGAUGUGGAUAUUAGCAAUGGUGCAGAAUUAGUACCCAUUUCUUUCUGUAAUGAAAUUGACAAUAGAAAGCUUCCACAAUUUAAGUACAGAAAGACUAUGUGGCCACCAGUGUAUUAUCUAAACAACUUUUCCAACAUGUUUACUGAUUCCUGUGACUGUUCUGAGGGCUGCAUAGACAUAACAAAAUGUGCGUGUCUUCAGCUAACAUCAAGGAAUGCCAAAACUUCUCCCUUGUCAAGUGAUGAAAUAACUACUGGAUAUAAGUAUAAAAGACUACAAAGACAAAUACCUACUGGCAUUUACGAAUGUAGCCUGUUGUGCAAGUGUAAUCGACGAAUGUGUCAAAACCGAGUUGUCCAACAUGGUCCUCAAGUGAGACUACAGGUGUUCAAAACUGAGAAGAAAGGAUGGGGUGUACGCUGCCUAGAUGAUAUUGACAAAGGGACAUUUGUUUGCAUUUAUUCAGGAAGAUUACUGAAUAGAGCUAACCCCGAGAAACCUAAUGCUACUGAUGAAAAUGGAAAAGAGAAUAUUAUGAAAAAUGUAUUUUCAAAAAAGAGGAAAAUAGAAGUUGCACAUUCAGAUUGUGAGGCUGAAGUUGGCCCAUUAGAAAUGGAAACACAUCCUAGAAGUGCUAAAACUGCGGACUGUCCACCUAACUUUAGUAAUAGUCCAGAAGAGCCUGUGAUGGAAAUGAACUGUAAUAAUGUUUCAAGAAUUCAAUAUUACUCAGUUAUUACAACUCCUAAAUCCAAGACAGUCAUUUUUCAAGAGAAUGGAAAAAAGAUGGGACUUAUUUCCUUGGAUUCUGUCACCUCAGGAGAAAACAAUGGAUUUGGGAAUUGUAAAGGCAGGAGAAAACAAAAGGACUCAAGUUCAAACCAAGUUGGAGAUUCUGAGGAUAAUCAGCUUUGUGAAUCAGAUGUGAUAGAUAUAACUAAAUGUAGAGAAGAAACUCCACCAGGGGGCAGAUGUAACCCAGCAACCACAUUUGACAAUGAAAAUAUUAAAAAACAGUUUGAGGUUCAAAUUCAAAAGCCCCAAGAAGAAAAAUCUCCAGCGCAUCAAAACCAGCAGGCUUUGUCUGAUGAUGAGUUGCCAAGUGAAACCAAGAAUACUUCAUGUACUUCUCCAGUGAAGUCCAGUAAAGUGAAUAUGUUUUUAUUGGAUGCCACGAAAGAAGGAAAUGUGGGCCGCUUCCUUAAUCAUAGUUGCUCUCCAAAUCUCUUGGUACAGAAUGUUUUUGUAGAAACACAUGACAGGAAUUUCCCAUUGGUGGCAUUCUUCACCAACAGGUUUGUGAAAGCAAGAACAGAACUAACAUGGGAUUAUGGUUAUAAAGCUGGGACUUUGCCUAACAAGGAAAUCCUUUGCCAAUGUGUCUUUCAGGUUGCAGAAAGGAUGGAAAAAAGGACAUGUGCACUCUGCCCCAAAGGUACCGACUAUAGUGUACUAUACUUUGCACAGUCAGAGAACAUAGCUGCUCAUGAAAAUUGUUUGCUAUAUUCUUCGGCACUUGUGGAAUGUGAGGACCAAGAUCCAACUAAUAAUGAUAGAAAUUUUGAUGUGGAAUCAGUAAAAAAAGAAAUCCAAAGAGGAAGAAAGUUGAAAUGCACAUUUUGUGGGAAAAGAGGAGCCACCGUGGGAUGUGAUUUAAAAUCCUGUGCCAGGAAUUACCACUUUUUCUGUGCCAAGAUGGACCAGGCGUUUCCACAAGCUGAUGGAGUUCAAGGAAUUUAUAAAUUGUUAUGCCAACAGCAUGCUCCAAAAUUAGCCAUCAGUCAAAGUGCUGACUGUUCAAAAGUGCAAAGGAAAAGAGGAAGGAAAAAACGUCUCUCAACAGGCCUUCAUGCACUGCCCAAUGAGACCAUGCUGUUGGACAGUUCAGAAAGACAAAUGAAGGAUGAGCCUGGCGGUCACACAGAUACAAUCAUGAAGGUUUCUUUUCUUAAAAAAUGUAAGAAAGCAGGACUUCUUAAUGACUUAUUUGAAAAUAUAUUAGAUGAACUUCAUUUGAUUCAACAAAAACUCUUGGAUGACACUACUUCAGAAUCAGCCUAUGAAAAAAUUGAAACUUCACUUUUUGACUGUGGAUUGUUUGAAGACACAUUUGCAAAAUUUAAUGCAGCAAUAGAAAAUAAAAUUCAUGAAUCUGAAGAAAGACUGGAGCAGCUAAAAAAAGAAAUUGAGCUACUUCAAGACUUAAAACAAACCCUAUCCUCUUUUCAAGAAAAUGGAGACCUCACAUCAACUACUACUUCAGUGUCCUCCCUGUCUUCCUAAAGUUCACCAUUUCCUAAGCCAGGAAUCAAGUGAAACAGCAAGCAGGGUCCAGCCAGGAGAUCCAGCUUGUGAAAACCACACAGCUUAUUUGGGACCUGGCCUGCAUUCCUCUCUGGGCCUCACACUGCCACCCUGUGAGCUCUUAGCUGGUACUGCUGAUUGACAUUUCACACACAAUUGGGUGUUUCGUGCCUCCAUUAUCAUCUCAUUUCUACUUCUUCCUCUCAGGUCUGCUUGAGUAAAUCAGGCUUCCCAUCUGUCUGCAAUCCUGUGGGUGGCUUUCUGCUGGAGUAGCCUCACCUACCCCUAGAUCUAAGCGGAUUCAUCCAACACCAGGUGAUCCCACCUCCAGGGCUUUUGCAUAUCCUGUGAUCGUCUUAACUGCUCUCUUUCUUCUUUCCUGUCUUCCUGAAGGGCUCAUCAUUUAUUCCAUCUGAGGUCCCUUUUCCUUCAUAUCACUUCUCAGUGUAACUGUUGUAUCUCAUAUCACAUCAUAAGCGCUCUGGAAGAAAAUAACUAUUCUGUGUUUUGUUCACUAUUGGCCUGAGUUCACAAUCAUAUUUCUAUACCUCUGAUAUUCUUAGUAAAUAUCCACAAAAUAAGUGCAUAAAAGUUAAAUUUUUAAGUUUCAGCCUAUAGUGGCCCUAGAAUAUAUUAAGUGAAUGUAUUACUUAUACCAAAUAAGUAUACUGUCUUUGUGUCAGUCUGCUCUUUAGAAAUUUCUUUUAAGCCACAUUCCUUACAUGGACAUUUCAUCAUCUUCAAAACAUAUCAAAAUUUAAUACUGGAGUGUUUAAAUAAGAACAGUGGGAAUAUGUUAAAAAAAAGUUAAAGUCACCUUGCAAACAUUUCUAACAAUAAGAAAAAUAAGCCUGGCUUAUUUUCUCCAUUCUAACCAAACAAACUUGCUUAUGGUAGGUAUGUUCUGUAUCUUGGCUUUAAAUCACCUCUAAAUCUUGGCUCAUGCUACUGACCCUGUUUU